AAUUGCUCUCGCGAGACUUCCGGGCGUCCCUAGCAACCGCACGAGCGGCGGGGGAGCGGGAGGCGAUGGACACGGAGGCGGCGGCCGGAGCGGAGGGGCCCUUCUGCCUGCAGCAGGUUACCAUAACAGAAGAAUCUGAAGAUGAUUAUCAAUAUGAAGAGGUUCCAGCAGAUGAUGACUCUAGUCUCCUAGAAGGUGAUGAAGAUCUGGCAAAGGCUUUACAGACCAUACAGGAGCAAUCUGAGGAUGCUCAAAUUAUAGCUCAGCAAUUGGUUCUAACUUCCAAGCAUUCAGUAUCUGAAAUACCGGAAGCUGUGGAUGACUUCCUUUGCAAUUUCCUAAUCAGAAUGGGGAUGGCUAGAACCCUUGACUGCUUCCAAACUGAAAGGUAUGAACUAAUGCAGAAAGGUGUUUUGGAACCCAAAGAUAUUGGAUUUGUUCCAGACAUAUACACCCACAACCAGCAUUUGGAAACUGAGAACAAGUGUUUGAAAAAGGACCUGGAAAACUAUAAAAUUGCUGCUAGCAAAGCAAAGGAGGCUCUGCUAAAAAUACAGAAAGAACGUGAUUUCCAUCGAAUGCACCAUAAGCAAGUGGUCCAGGAGAAAAACAGGCUCAUUAGCGAUAUUAAAAGACUGAAGACGCAUUAUGCAUCAUAUGAGCCAAUGUUAAGACAGUUGACUGAAAAAUACCAGGCUGUAUUGAGACAGAAAAUGCUAACCAGUUUGGAAAGAGACAGAGCAAUUGGGCAGGUUACAGGUUUACAAGCUACAUUACAGAAUUUAGAAUCUGGGCGUGCCAUUGAGGUCCCUGUGACAAGAGCAGGUCACAAGUGUAAGAUGAAUGAUGGGUUAGAGGGUCCCACCCAAAAAAUUGUUCAAGAAGCCAGGGAACAAAGAAUUGUAUAUACUGGAGUUGCACCAUAUGAUCCAGCCAAAGAUCCAACAAAGCAAUUGGGCAAAAGAUAUCCGAAGGAUUCAGAUUUCCCUGUAGAUACUCAAGUGAACCCAAACCUUGCUCGCGUCAAAGAAUGUACACGACCAUUGAAAUCUGGAUUAUACACGCUAAGCAACACUUUAAGAGUGCAUGAUCUAGCAGUGAGCUGCCUUGCUUUGCAUCCUCGGAAAGACGUCAUAGUUACUGCAAGUGAUGACCGCCUCUGGAAGAUGUGGGCCUUCCCUAAUGGGAACAUCAUUAUGACAGGUGAAGGUCACACUGAUUGGCUUUCUGGUUGCUGCUUUCAUCCAAGCGGCACCAAACUGGUCACUUCAAGUGGAGACACUACAGUACGGAUAUGGGACUUCUCAAAGGGUGAAUGCAUCCUGACUUUAGAAGGGCAUGCCAGUGCAGUCUGGGGCUGCUCAUGGCACUCCUGUGGAGAUUUUGUGGCUUCUGCCUCCAUGGACAACACUAGCAAAAUAUGGGACAUUAACAGUGAGAGAUGCAGAUACACCAUGCGUGGCCAUAAGGAUUCAGUUAACAGCAUAGAGUUUCUGCCAUUCUCCAACACUAUUCUCACCUGCUCUGCUGACAAGACCCUGUCACUUUGGGAUGCCAGGACGGGACUUUGUGCUCAUACUUUUUAUGGUCAUCUGCAUUCCUGCAAUCAUGCCACAUUCAACAUGAGAGGUGACACUAUUGUUUCCUGUGACUCCUAUGGUGUGAUGAAGCUGUGGGAUGUUCGGAAGGUAUCACCAAUGGUAUCUAUAGAUGCAGGACCCCAUCCUGGCAACCAGGUGGCCUUUGACCCAUCUGGUCAUGUUAUAGCCCUUGCAAGCAAUGAUGGAACUGUUAAGGUUCUGGAACUCAAAUCAGGGCAACUUUCCAGCCUGGUGGGUCAUGAAGAUGAUGUGCAGAGUGUUGUUUUUGAUCACAAAGCAGAGCACCUGCUUUCCGGAGGUGCUGAUGGCACUGUUCGACUCUGGACCUGAGAACUAGAAUCCUGUUUUAACAAGCUCUUGGUUUCAAAGCCUUAUGGAAAUGAUUUGAUGACAUGACAGCAACAACUUAGUUAAGUGUCUUCACAGUUAAUGUUUGCAGUAGGCAUAAUUGCACAAAAUUAUUAUAAUUGUCUAUUUUAUCCAAAUAAAAUCCCAGAUUUCUCUG